GAUUGGUCAAAUAAACAAAAAUGAAAUCACAACUAUUUUUUAUUAGUCAAAAAGAAAAUUUUGGCAAGGCACACGUUUCUUUCCCUUUCCCACGCGACGGCAGCGAGCUUUGUUCUUCGAUGGAUUACGAUUUCAGAAACAGGUCGGGCCCACAAGUUCCAAUGUACCGUCCGCCACUGUCAAACAUGUACCCUAAGAUCUCCCCCCACGGCGCCGCCGCCACCGGCCGGCCGUCACCGUAUCAGCAUAAUCCUUCUUCAUCACCUUCUUCAGGAUUAGGGAUUAAGGUUGCGAUAAAGCCAGAAUAUAGGAUCUCUGCACCGCCUCAUUUAUCACCGCUUGCUGGGGAUAUUCCACGGAGCAACUUCCAAUUUGAUUUUGGAUUGGAGAGAAGAAUUUUGGCUGAAGCAGAGAAGGAUAACCCAAAUUGGAGCAAAUUUGGCUCAGAAAAUAUUCCGACUAAAGUUCCUAAUUCAUCAUCAUCAAAGGUUACUGUGUCAGAUCCUGUUGUGAGCAAAUAUAUAGCUAUGGGGCUUAGCCGAGAGGCAGUUCCCAUUGCUGUUACAAAUUAUGGUGAUAAUCCAACCAAAGUUCAGGAAUUUGUCAAUGGGUACACCCUUCUGCGGGAAAUGGGAUUUUCCUCAAAUAGCGUUGCUGAAGCACUGGUUAUGCAUGACAAUGAUACAGACAAGGCACUAGCACAUUUCCUUAGUGGCUCAUCAUGAGAGUCCUGAAUCAUACAUGUUGUAGGUAUCGUUUAUUGAUAAAGAAAUAUGUUAGUUCCCUUUGUAUAGCGAUGAAUGAUGGGCAAAUAUAGGUAGGAACAUGGGCAAUCUGUUAUAGUCUAUUGUUUCACAUACAUAUAUUUUAUAAAGUGCUGGGGUUGGUUUGAAUGCAUUGAGUGUUUUUAGAGAGAAUAUUACUCGGUCGUUGGAUUUCAUUUCAGAAAUGCCAUAUCCCUUUU